AUGUCCAAAAUUCCAAGAAAUUUUAAACUCUUGGAGGAGUUGGAAAAAGGAGAGAAAGGAUUAGGCGCAGAAUCCAUAUCGUAUGGGUUAACUAAUCAAGAUGAUAUCACAAUGACAAAUUGGAACGGUACCAUCAUUGGACCACCUCACUCUAACCACGAGAAUAGAAUUUACUCGCUAAGUAUUACAUGUGACGCACAGUAUCCAGAGAAACCACCAAAAGUUAAGUUUGUGUCGAAAGUCAACUUACCUUGUGUCGAUUCUCAAGGAAACGUAAUUGCUGCCGAGUUUGAUACUUUGAAGAAUUGGAAACGGUCGUAUAGUAUGGAGACUGUAUUGUUAGAGUUGAGAAAAAGUAUGGCGUCGCCAAAUAAUAAGAAAUUGACCCAACCACCUGAAGGAUCAACAUACGAAGAUUAG